AAUGUUGGUGCGAAGUUCGACAGCUUCGUCGGGUUUCACCGUGCAUUCAGAGACUUUCAAGUCGCUACAAACAGUCUUUUUGUCACGAAGGCAAGCAAGACUGUGGACGUUGUGAAUUCUCGGCUUUCUGUCGGUCUAACUAAGCUCGACUCAAAGUUAAAGUUCGCGAACAUAUGUUUGCAAGCACGGAGGUGUCGUGAGAAAGACGGGGACUGGAAUUCGUCCGCAACAAAGGACUAUGAAGAAGGACUGCCCGGCCAAAAUUAUCGUAACCGCGCGCCGCGCCAGCCAACUACUAGAGGUCACGGCUGUCAACUUGGAGCACAACCACGAGGUCAGCCCGGAAACAUAUAAGGCGUACGCGGAAUAUCGCCAGCUGAACGAGGAGGAGGCCAAUUUCGUUAGACCCCUAAUAGACCUGGAUGUUCGACCUAUCCUCAUCGUGGAGAAGCUGCGACAGGAAACUGGGAAAGCAGUAAUCGCCAAGGAUAUACACAACCUUAAGUGUGCGCGGCGAGGCCAGGAUGAGGCAAUCCAGUUGCUGCAAGAGCUGAACGACUUGAAAGCAAAGUAUGGUGCGACAGUGCUUCCCAUAACAGAUGAAAACAAGGAACUACAGAUCCUGUUUUUCCAAACUCCGCACAUGCAGCAGGCGUUUAAGUGUUUCCCGGCAGUUGUCCUGCUCGACGCAAUAUACCGGACCAACAAGCUGCGCAUGCCUCUGUUUGAGAAGCCAAAUGUUGAGUCGUUCCAAACGACAGCUAGCUUGGGUGACGAGUACUGUUCCCGUAGAAUGGAAAGUUCGGAAGAACUGCGAAAGAAGCCGUCGGGAGCAUUCAAGAAGUUUCAGAAAUGA